AUGGCCUCUAAGUCGAUCGCUUCGUUCAAUGGAUUAUACGCUGGAAAUUACCUGGCGGGUGUGCUCUAUGGUCUCACAACACACCAGACCUACGUUUACUUUCGCUCCAAUAAGGAUCGCUGGAGUACACGACUAUUAGUACUAGCACUCUGGAUCUUGGACACCCUGCAUGCUGUGUUUCUGGCAGUCGGACUUCGUCACCUUAUAGAGGAGGCUACUUACCAGCCUGUGGCAUUACUCACCGACAAAAUACCAUGGACACUUUCCGCCUCUAUGUUCAUAAUGUCGGUCAGUGACAGUGGAGUGCGAGGGUUUUAUUGUUAUCGAAUUUGGAAACUCAGCGAGAAGAACUGGAUUCUGACCUCUGUAGCGGCUGUUCCAGUAGUCUGUGCGCUGAUCGCUGGUUUGUAUGUUAUAUGCAAGAUCGCGGGUGCUACCGGCCUUCAAGCUCUCAAUACAGCCGCGAGCGCAGCGAUGGACGCCACUCUGAUUUCCAUCAGCGUCGCUGACAUCACGCUUGCUGGCUUUCUAUGCAUCUUACUGAUGAAGAGCAGGGCUGGUGGUCAUCGCACAAACUCAAUCAUAAGCACGCUGAUUCUCUAUACUGUUACCACGGGUUUCUUGACAAGCGUGGUGGCUAUCGCAUCUCUAAUACUGAUUUUCGCCGUGAGGGAGACCUAUGUGUAUACAGGACCAUUUUUCGUGCUCAGCAAACUCUACUUCAGCUCUCUCCUAGCUACUCUCAAUCGUCGGGACGAAAUCAGCACACAGCUUAAGGGUGAUGAUGAAGUGGCUAUUCUUCCUGUGUCAGGAACUGUUCGGAAUGGUCACGGUCAGUCAAGAGGUGGUGUGCAACCUAGGUGUGAACAGCACAGACCAGAGGUCUCUCAGAGCCUGGGAUCUGUACUUGACAUAAAGAACCACGCCAUGAUCAAGGAGGGCUCAGAUCAUGUCUCUGAUCCAAGGACAGAUGUCAAUGAAUAUAAUUAUCAGAUUGCAGGUACCUCUGGAACAUAUGAUCCGUAUACCUAG